GGUUUCUUCAGUCAUGGAACUGUGAUUGAAUCUCUUGUGAUGAUAUUAUAAAUUAUUCGGUUUUGUUUGCUGUGUCAGAAUGCCCGGCUUUGUGGACAGGUGAUUUUUGUAGACGUUGCUCUUUAAAUAAAUAAAAAAACAAGAAUUAUAUCUCUAGCUAUUUAUAGCCAUCAACAGCUAGUUAUUCAUUUUCUCACAUACGUGGCUUUUUAGCUCGACAAUUAAUUUAAAUCUCGGGGGUUUAAAGCCUUUUUUGUAUAUUUUGCUGCUUUGUCUUCUGUUUGAAGGGGGCACCGUGUGCAGUAGCUUAGACUCUUGCUCAAAGUGUCAUGGGAUCUUUCACCGCCAUGAGCGAGCGUAUCAGUCAGUUGGUUUUAUGCCUGAGUUUAAAAACAAGUUGGCGCUCUCUCCAGCGCAGCGCCCCCCGCUGGGUCGGCCACCCCGCUCCCUCCAGCGCAGCCCCCUAGCCCUGUCCUGUGAUGUUGGGCUCAGCACUGACUCUGAAGAGUGAAUGACCCCGCUGAGCACCCUCCAGCCUCCCCCCCACCCAGGUUUCUGGGUUGUCCUUGGGGGCUCUGGCCAAAUUCUCAUCGGGCCUGACCUUUGUAAGUUCCUUGGAGGCAGGGAGGUGGUGGUCUCCUGUUUGUGCAUCCGGGGGCGCGGUCUCCAAAAGGCAGGAAGGCUGGGGAGAUCUUACGCCAUCUGGGCCUGAUGUCAUCAUCGCUGCAGGCUGGUGCUGCUUAGACAGGAAAUGGUGUUGCUUAUUCAUGAGCUGGUUAGAUUCUCUAGGAGUCUAGGGCAGGUCACUGUCCCAGCUGUCUAGGCAGAGAAUAACGCAGCAAUAUGGUCUCUUUCCCAGCAGGAGGCUCCGGCCUGUGCCGGGGAAGAGAGGAGGAUGAGCCCCGCGCCCCCGUCUGCAGCGUCGCCCGGUUCGUGUCACGCUGUACUGGCUGACCCCGUUCCGACCUGCCGCCAGCAUUGAGCGAGAGGAUGGAGAACUGCGGGGACGCAGGGGUGCGGGGGAGCUCCCUGAUGUGCCUCAUCUUAUGGCUCUCAGGCCCACUCUCGCUCUUCAUCAUCCUGGCCAACCUCUUCAUCAUCCUCGGGAUCCUCUGCAACCGGAAGCUGCAUGGCCCCGCCAACUGGUUCUUUCUCAGCCUGCUGUUGGCCGAUCUCCUGGCCGGGGCGGCCCUGCCUUUCAUCCCUUGGAUGCAGUUCGAGGGUAGCCGGGGCUACCACAGCUGCUUCUUCAUGCAUGUGACCCCUAACUUCCUCUUCCUCGCCUUCCUGGCCAACCUGCUUGCGGUGCACUACGAGAAGUACCUAUGCAUCAGCUACCCGCUGCACUACCACCAGUUUUGGGUGCACCGCUGGGUGCCCCUCUGCCUGCUGCUGACCUGGGCACUGCCUUUGCUCUUUGCCUGCGUGCCAGUGCUGGGGUGGAACCAUUGGGGACCCAGCUCCAACUGCUCCUACCACCAGGUCUUCCCCACUGCCUACCUCUACCUGGAGAUCUACGGUUUCCUCAUCCCCUCCAUCCUGGCCAUGGCCUUCAUGUCCAUCCAGGUGUUGCGGGUGGCCAGGCACCAGCUGCAGGAGAUCAAGAAGGUGCUGCGCUCCGUGAACCAAGGCCAGGGCCCCUUGGAGCUGGAGCAGCAGCUGGAGCUGAGGCAUGCCAAGUGCAUCGCCAGCCUCUCCCUGAUCUUCCUGGUGUGCUGGGUGCCCUACGUCUCGGUGCUGGCCAUCCAGAACCCCAACUUCGUCGACACGUACACCCUUGUCAUCCUCACCUGCGUGGGCAGUGGCAGCGCUGCCGUGGUGCCCAUCACCCUGGGGUUCAGCAACCGCCAGUACACUCAGUUCUGGAGGGAUGUGAUGGCCAAAGGCUGCGCUGGCUGCAGGGCACGGUGCUGCAAGCGAGGGGAGGCCGGACGCCACCACGGUGGGAUGUCACAGGGCGGGGCCCCUUGCCCUCAGGCAGAAGGUGUGGCUCCAGCUACCAGCUCAUGCCCUGGCCCCUGUGAUGGAGACACCAAACCUGCGACUGUGGCCUCUUGCCACAACAAGGCAAGUCUGGGACUUGCUGGGGAUGCAGCAGCUGAGGGGUCAGCAUGGACCUUCCAGAGGGAUCCAGUGAUUUACUGGGCCGUUAUAUUUUAAUGACCGAGGCGGGCAGUUAACCUCAUCCUCCCCUGCCCACACAUGGAUGCUGGGCUGGUCAUUCCUGUUUUCUGCACUUUGGUUGGCCUAAAGAAUAAGCUUGGGUCUCAGGCCCCGGCCAGUCAGAUUUCGGUAUGUUAGUUUUUCAAGGCAGGCCAUCGAUUCCGUGAAUGAUCUCGACUUCUGAGUGGCUGGUUCCUCACUACACGAUCCUCCCUCCUGCAACCUCAUUGGCUGGGGUGGCUUCCAUCUGGUGUGCUUCCAUCCUACAACGAUACUCAUCAAUUAUGUUUGUUCUCCGGGGUUAAGACCUGAGUUUCUGGGCUGAUGUGGGACGUGAUCCUGCCGGGGUCUAGCGGCUGCCCUGACCUCUCUGGAUCGGACCCCCCUGAAUUCUCAGCUCUUUUGUUGAUGUUGACCCCGCUGUGAAUAUGUGAGUCGCUGUGCCCCAUCAGUACAGCCUACAGGGCAAGGUCUGUAUUAGCGCUCGGAGUUAGGCCAAUGGGGCUGGGAAUUCCUGGAGCCCCAGUACCCUCGCUGGCGCAACUUGAAGAAACUCUCUGCCCCCAAGUGCGAUUAGACGAUAGCACCCCCGAAACAGUGGGGUUACUGCUGCUUGGGUCCCAAAUCAGAUUAGGGCCCGGCACCUCUGUGGGGUCAGAGACAGGAGCUUCAAGGGCUUAUGUCACUUCAGGGCAGAGCUCUGUUGGUAGUCACUUUUCCUUCCUGUCCCCUGCUAGGCCGAGCUGCUGCUGGGUCCACCCGCAAAGUGGGAAACCAGAAACUCCAUCCCAUGCCAGCCUGGCCUCCAGAUCUCCAUGUGGGUAAAAACCACAGCCCCCAGGCAGCAAGCAGCGUUGGUGGAGCCCAGAAGUGACUGGCUGGAGACAUUCAUUGGUGGGGAGAGGAGCCUAUGGGAUUCAUGCACCUUCGCCCCCUGUACGGCAGUGCCCAGGGCCGCCUCAGGUCUGGGUGCUCUUCAGCCUGGCUUUGAGAGCGCCAAGCCACUCCAUGCACGGUCCACACCCCUCUCCUCGGACCGCCUCUCCCACUGAGAGGCACAAGUGUCAGGCCACGGAAGGGGUAUCCCGCGCGGCGGGGUCCCUGCGCCUGGGAUGUUCAGUUCCGGGCACACUAAGCCCCCCAACCCGGGUCCUGGACUCAGCCCAGUGCCUUCGCCCAGGCCCUGGCACCAUCUCUGCCGCAGCCCCUGGUGUUGAAAGGAGAUUCCCCAUUUUAACCUCGGUCCUGGCUCGUAAAGCCCAGCCUGCAACCAGACUUCUGAGCCUCCCGCCACGGGCUAGUGCAUUUGCUGCUGGGCCCUGUUCGUCCAGGGCCUGCGGCCCGGUUCCUCAUACUGCUUGUGCGUCACUGGUUGGCAGCGGUGGGAGCCCCGCUGAACGGGGGAGGGAGUUGGCUGAGCCCGGGGUCCCGGCUCCCCUGGAAUGGAGCGUCAGGUUCCCUCCUCCUUGGCCGCUGGGUCCCUGUCUGCAGCGCGCUCCCACCCACUGUUUAUCCCGCAGCCCAGCAGCUUCCCAGGGGCUUCUGCUUUGCGACUGUUUAUUUUUGUCCAUGACUCUUUUUCCAGUCCUCAUGGGGAAUUUCCAUCCUGGCUGGGCCUGCCCCCCCAGCCGGCUCCAGGGCCUUGUCCCUGGGCUCCCUCCUUGUUUAGCGGGCGAUUCCUGGGAAUGGCAGCGUUGGGGGCGAUCCAGGGCUGAGGGCCGGAAGGACCUGCCCUGUCCUGCUGUGUCCCAUCACCCUCCGGGCCCGGAUCCAGCCCUGGCCAGGAGCUGGGGGUGGGGAAAGGACCUUGAGGGGGCUGGGACACGCCACGGGGAGACCAGCCCGUCCCCUUUUAUGUCCAGCGGCUGUGAGUGAGGAUAGUGCUGAGGGAAGGGAACCAGAGCGAGGACCAGGGCAGGGGCAUCCAGGAACAGGUCUCUCCCAACGGCUCCACCAACGCCCCCCAAUCCUGAUCCCCAGCUUCCCCCCCAGAUAUUCCACUCCGGGCCCCCACCCUACUUUGUGGCUGCCCCACGGUGCCCCCACCACCCAGGCCAGGCUGGCGUGGGAUGGAGACCAGCCAGGGAAGGCCCCUCUAGAUGCCGGAGCGGAGCGAGACUGGCCCUGACAGAUCCAUCCCAGGCAGGUCUCUGGGGACCUGCUCCAUAGCAGCUGCUGCUUUGAUCGCCGAGUCUCAGUGCAUCAUUAUAAACCAGCACAUUGCACAAGAGGCGGCGGGAGGGUUCCCCUGUGGAACCCCAGGAGCCCCCCGAAGCCAGCCAGGGCGAAGACUGUCUGAGGCAGGCUGCCCCCUUCUGUGUGUGUGCGAGGGAUGGAAAGGGGGGGCUCCUUUAUACAUUUCCUGGGGGUUCUGUUGCCUGCAUGCCCCUUGCCUGUGUCCAGAUGCCAGCCUGCAGCACCUCUAUUCUCCCCCUGAUUGUGGGGUCCCCUUUCCCCCACGGGGCCCCAAUACCCAUAGUGCUCUCAUUUCCUUCCAGCUCCUGGUGCCCUGAAUCUUCCCUGGGUCCUGGUCCCUGCAAUCCCCCCAUUCCAUGCUGGGGCUCAUAUCUCGCUCCCCUGGGCCUUGUGCCUGUGGUAUCCCUUCCCCUAUCUAUGCCAUCUCUGGGCCAUGUCCUGUUUUCCAUAUCACCCACCUCUUUGCUAAGCAAAUCGGCCAGCCCAGGGAUUUGCAUAGGGAGCUGGCUCCAUUGGAGAGACAUGCAGGGCUUGCUGGCCCUUCGCACCAGCAAUGGGCCUCGCCCAAGGCUGGCACUGCUGUUCCUGUCAGCGGCUUCACCCGGCUGCAGUGGCGCUGGGACUGGGGAUGCUGCCGCACCCUCUGACUUGAAGCAGUAAUAAAAUACACCAUCAUCGUCACCGCCCCAGCCCGGUUGGGUCUGUUUGGGUCCGCCCCAGCCCGGUUGGGUCUAAGGUUCCACAAGUCCUCCUUUUCUUUUAGUUUGAACCAGUGUUUCUACUUGAACCAGAACCCAACCAGACCCAGAAUUUUGUCCUGCCUGCCGCACCCCCCAGAAAGGUGGGUUACCGGCUAACAGAAAGGGCCAGCUUUUUUUGAGCUCACUUUUCGAAAUGCAGCUGGGAUCGUAUGCUCGUUAGUAAAUAAGCCAACGCAAGAGGCGUUUGAGUGUGGCCAGAAAGGCCUGGCCCAGGCUGAUGAGCAUGGGCUGAGACGAGGAGGAGGCCCGCCCCCAAGAGCAGGGAGGGAGAGGGAUGUAGCAGGGGGUCAAGAGCUAGCGGACCACUUUCUGAGACUCCACCCUGGGGGGAGAAGAGGUGGGAUUGUCCCUUAGCAAUAACUCUUCAAACGCAGAGGAAAAGGUAACGGUUUGCAAAUCCUUCUCCUCCUCUGACAGGUCUCCUUCUGUCCAUCCCCAACCCCUGAGGCAGCGCCUCACACCCAUGCCCCAAACUGCAAUAUCUCUUCACCACUGGGAUCCAAUACGCCGGUGCAGGUAUCAGAAGCUGGUACUUGAGUUCGCUCAAAGUGUUCAUAAAAAACUGACUAUUUGUUCGACAGCCCAAAAAAACCCUAGGAAAUCUCGUGUGAAAUUAAAAUUAACAAAUAAAUUAGUGGUCAAACAAUCAGAAGAGUUUCCAUUUUACAUUUCAACUCUCUUUUUGGAGUUUGGGUCCACUAAGAUUGAGAUCUGAGCUGAGCCGGGAGCCGAACCGUUAUUGUCUUUUGGUGGCUUGAACUGGAACCAGACCCAAACACUCUGAAUGCAACUGAAUCUGGGCCUGAACUGAGCCAAAAUAAAUACCGGGCCGAUGCCCUGCCCUUAGCGCUGCCCAGGAGUGCAGCUGUAGCAGAUGAGAUCGGAGGUCUCCUCUGUCCCCUUAUGAUUCUGACCAGCCACCGCAUCUCUCACUGUCCGACCGAACUAGGCCAUCCUCCCAGCACGUACCAGCUGGCUGGUGGGACAAUGUGCUGCUAGCGAGGGCACCACGGCGGGCGCGAAGGAGACUGCACCCAGAGGGGAGCAACCAGUGCUGCUGGAGAUGGGCAAGACACUAGACCCCCCCCCGGGUGACUGUCCUGGACCUAUAAGGAAUAGGAGCGACUCUCAUAGGGGAGUGGACAAUAGGGGCAGCCCUGGCUCAGGGAGGGAGAGCUAUGGGGAAGGUGGACCACGGUUUCAAUGGCAUUCCACUGGAUCUUUUGCAUUGACAGCGAGAGCAGAAUGUGGCCAAACACUUUCACCGUUUUCCCUUGGUUACAUCUGUACCCUGGCUGUUUCCUCCGGCCCAAGAGCUCACGAUACAGAACCAGGGCAGAUCAAAUGGGACCCGAACACACCCAAACCUCGGAACCAAAGUCCACGAGCUAAACAACCAACCGCUCAGCCGCUUUGCAUUUGUGUUGCUACCUAGCUAUUGCCUUGUCUUCUCAUUUGGCUGUAAAUCUGGCUGCCACAGAGUUAAUAUAGGUCGGACACCUUCCCCUUCUCUCAGGUGUAGACCCAGUCCCCAUGCCGUAGCCCAAACGAUCUGCUCUAUGGGUGGCGGUUAGGCAGGUGAAGGUGUUAAUGUGGGUUGAAGGAUGUCCCUGGUCAUAUAGCUGAAGCAUGGCCCCACUACCUGUGAGUUCCCAAGCUAAGCCGUCUCGAGUGGCUGGCACUUGGAUGGGAGAUGCUCCAGGUAAAAAUUCAUGGGUUUGAAGGCCCAAAGGGACCUUUCCAAUA